AUGUCUGCCCCUCAAGCCGUCGAGACUUCCCGCCUGGAUGGCAAGGUCGCCCUCGUUACUGGCUCCGGUCGUGGAAUCGGUGCUGCCAUGGCCACUGAGCUCGCUCGCCGCGGUGCAAAAGUUGUUGUCAACUACGCCAACUCCGCGGAGGCAGCCAACAAGGUUGUCGAAUCGAUAAAGUCGAACGGCGGAGAUGCAAUUGCUAUUCAGGCUGAUGUCGGUGAUGUCGCUCAAACCACGAAGCUCAUGGAUCAGGCAGUCGAGCACUUCGGCCAGCUCGACAUUGUGUGCUCCAACUCUGGUGUUGUCUCUUUCGGCCACGUCAAGGAUGUGACAGAAGAGGAGUUCGACCGAGUCUUCCGCAUCAACACUCGUGGACAGUUCUUCGUUGCCCGCGAGGCAUACAGGCACCUUUCCGUCGGUGGCCGCAUCAUUCUUAUGGGAUCCAUUACUGGUCAAGCCAAGGGUGUACCAAAGCACGCCGUCUACUCCGGCUCCAAGGGCGCAAUUGAGACGUUCGUCCGUUGCAUGGCCAUUGACUGUGGCGACAAGAAGAUUACAGUCAACGCCGUUGCACCAGGAGGCAUCAAGACCGACAUGUACCACGCUGUAUGUCGCGAGUACAUCCCCGAAGGCGAGAAGCUUAGCGACGACCAGGUUGAUGAGUACGCAAAGACUUGGUCGCCAAUGAACCGUGUCGGCCAACCUAUUGACAUUGCCCGUGUUGUUUGCUUCCUCGCUUCGCAGGACGGAGAGUGGGUCAACGGCAAGGUCAUCGGCAUCGAUGGCGCCGCCUGCAUGUGA